AUGGCGAUGGCCAAAGUUGAAACGCCGCAAGGAAUGUGCUUUAAAGGUGAUAUCGCCACAGAAUGGAAGUCUUUCAAACAACGCUUCAAACUAUACUUACUAGCAACAGGAGGCAGUAAAAAAUCGGAUGCAGAGAAGGUUGCCUUAUUCUUAUCGCUUGGAGGCACAGCUCUCAUUGAUGUCUAUAACACGCUUGACUUCGGAGAGGCAACCGAGGCAACACCAGAGCCAGAUUUAGUGUGGAACACGGUUAUAGAGAAGCUUGACAAGUAUUUUGCGCCUAAGGAAAACGAAAUCCAAGCACGGUACUCCUUUCGCUGCCGAGUUCAGGGCACUGAUGAAGCCUUUGAUACGUUCUUAACGGAGUUGAAGCUGCGUGCCAAAGCAUGUAAUUUUCAAGCACAAACUGACAAAAUGAUACGAGACCAAGUUGUCUUCGGGGUUGAAAGUAACGCUCUACGAACAGACAUUUUAAAGCACGUGGAUCCAACCCUUGACAACGUAGUUAAAAUAUGUCUUGCACAUGAGUCAGCGGCAACGCAACUGAAGGCAUUCCAAGACAACUCACCUGCGAAACGAACCGAGAGUGUCAUUAACGCCAUACGAUGCAAAGAACAGCGUUCCAAAACGAAGCCAACUCAGACAGGUAACAACGAAAACAAGAAGGAAGUGCAGAACUGUCGCUAUUGUGGGGGACGACAUAAGCGGCUGAGAAGUGAAUGCCCAGCUUGGACUAAAAAUUGA